CUCCCUUACAGCUUAGACUUAGCAAAUAAAGAUCUAUUAGAAAGCUAAAGGCAUAUCCGGUUGUGUAGACACAGAUGGUGGUGCCCCAGCUCUAAAUGCCCAUUGCUUUGUUGAUCUUUGCUAUUUGUUUUCAGCUUAUAGAAACCCCACCUGGAUCCUUAAAACAAAACCAAACAAAGCCUUUGUCUCCUUGACAAAUUAUUCGCAAUUCCUAAAGGAAUAAUACUAAUAAGUAAGACAAACCCCCCAGGAAUAUAUUUAAAGGACCAGGCAGCUGCUGAGCCCCUACACUUUUCAUGCUCACAGUUGACAGAGAAAAUGUUCUUCCAAAGAAGAACGUGGCUUUGGUUAUACAUUAGAACAAGCAUCAUCCUAGGAAGUGAGCUAAAGAGCCCAGAGCAACAUGGGAAAAUAACCUGUUAUCAGCUUAACAAGUUUCCCUGCAGCUUUGAGGAAGCAGAAAAUUACUGUCGUGCUCAAAGAGGACACCUUGCCUCCACAUGGAACCAGGAGGGUCAAGAUCUCAUCCAUGGCCUUUUGGAACAAGGGAAGAAGUGGUGGAUUGGACAAAAUUUAAUGCCACUGGGAAAAAAUAAAGAAAAACACAGCCCAGCAGGUGCCGCAGCCCACCAGAACCCAGAGCCCUCCAGGUGCACCUACGUGUCCAGAAACUCCCAUUUGAUCUCAUCCAAAGUGGACGUAUGCUCACGGAGGCAUUAUUUCAUCUGCCAGGCUGAUGACUUUUCAGACCAAGAUGCCAGUUAUGAAAGAAACGGAAAUAAUUCUCAUCUACCUUGGAGACCCAAAAAGACAACAGAAGAAGUGGCAAUAAUGAGAGACAAAAUGACCUCAGCCACUCAUCAUUCGACCACAUGUCACCAACCUGCUCAUCCUAAUCAUUCCAAGCUCUUGUGCCAUCCCAUCAGCUCGUUUCCUUCAAGACUCCCCGAAGUCACACAGCAGGGAACAUCAGUCACGUCUGUACCUACCAGCCAGCCUGGCCCUGGGAAACCGGAGCUCACCAGGCCUGCAUCUGGAAUGCACGCUGAAGACGCUCUGGUAGAAAUAACUUCAAGCCCCACAGAGCGCUCGCCGGCAGAUGUCUUCACCUCUCAUCCACAAGCAUCAUUUCAGAAAGCAUCUGAGCAGGUCAUAGAUGAGAUAGCAGGGAACUUUAGCAAAGCAGUUCACGGUUCACCAGCUCACAGCGCACUACAGAAAGCUUGUGAGGUGAUUCGGACACUGAAAGCCUUUAUGCCCGGAUCUUCUGAGUCAGCUCAGAACUCCCAGGUCAGCGUGAUCGAUUCCCUGGUUUACCUGAAAGGGCAGUUACUGAAGAGUCCGUUUCAGAACAGCAGCAGUCUGGGCUUCCACGUCCCCGUGACCGUCUGCCUCUUCCACUCCCCCAACGAUGUAGUGCAGGCUGGUGAAGCAGGGCAGCAAAGAUCCAAGCCUGACGUUGAGCAGGUAGAAAAUGUGCUGAAAACAUCCUUGCUGGCCCUUGGUAGGAUGCAGGAAGAAUUUCUACAGCAGAAGAACUUUUCUGAGUCUUCAGUGACUUUGACCUCUUCGAUUGCUACUCUGAUGCUGAGCAGCCAAAACAUAUCAACUUUGCCUCUGAGCUCUUACACGCUGGGUUACCCAGCACCCGUGAGGUUAGGCUUUCCAUCAGCUUCAGCCUUGGAGGAGCUCUUGAAUGAACACCCAGAAGUUAAUGUCCAGGUAACAGGACUAGCUUUCAAUCCCUUCAAGGAUUUUGAUGACAAGAACAUUGUUGGAAGCGUCGGAAGUGUGUUACUAAGCUCUAAUCAUAAAUUGCUCCAAGUCCGUGAUUUAGUGGAAGAUAUUGAGAUCACACUCUGGAGAAACGUUAGCACGGAAACCCAUCCCAGCAGCCUCAACACUAGCACAGAGCAUUUUCUUAUCACCGUGAACGUCACUUCCCUGGAGAAGUCCCUGAUAGUGUGCAUAGAGCCUGAACAUCCCCUUUCAAUGACACUCUACCUGGGGUUCCAGUAUCAGCCUAACCACACUCACUUCCACCUGAGCAUCACCCUUCCGAAGGACCAGGUGUGGCAAAAAGAUGAGGAGUAUACCUGGGUGCUGACCCCAGAGAGUCUGCAGUAUGGGAUCGGCUCCUACUACAUAACAGGCAUGUUGAAGGAAAGCAAGGAGAGCGCUCAGCAGCCGCCCACCCUGUUCUCGGUGGUAACUGCCGUCACUCAGUGCUAUUUCUGGGACAACCGCAACAGCACGUGGAAGAGCGAUGGAUGCCAGGUUGGGCCACAGAGCACAAUUCUGAGGACACAGUGUCUCUGUAACCACCUGACCUACUUUGGCAGUGACUUCUUCAUUGUGCCCCGGACAGUGAAUGUUGAAGACACGAUCAAGCUGUUCCUUCGCGUGACCAACAACCCUGUUGGAGUGUCGUUGCUGGCCAGCCUGUUAGGAUUCUAUAUGCUCAUAUUUGUGUGGGCUUGGAGAAAGGACCAAGCAGAUAUGCAGAAGGUGAAGGUCACUGUCCUGGCUGAUAAUGACCCCAGUUAUCAAUUUCACUACCUUAUUGAGGUCUCCACUGGCUAUCGAAGAAGGGCCGCUACAACCGCUAAGGUGGUUAUCACCCUCUAUGGGUCCGAGGGACAGAGUGAGCCCCAUCACCUUUGUGACUCCCAGAAGGCAGUCUUCGAACGAGGGGGACUGGAUGUCUUCCUCCUCAGCGCUCGGUCCUCUCUGGGGGACUUGCACAGCCUUCGGCUCUGGCAUGACAAUUCGGGGGUCAGCCCUUCUUGGUACGUAAACCAGGUAAUUGUCAGUGACGUGGCAGGCAAAAGGAAAUGGCAUUUCCUGUGCAAUUGUUGGCUGGCCAUGGACCUUGGUGACUGCGAGUGUGACCGGGUCUUCAUACCAGUCUCAAAGAAAGAGCUCUUUUCCUUUAGACACUUGUUCUCCUCCAUGAUUGUAGAAAAGUUCACCCAGGAUUAUCUAUGGCUCUCAGUUGCAACUCGACAUCCCUGGAACCAGUUUACACGAGUCCAGAGGCUCACUUGCUGCAUGACCCUGCUUCUUUGCAACAUGGUCAUCAACAUUAUGUUCUGGAAGAUAAAUGGCACCACUGCCAAGAGAGAUGAGCAAGUGGGUCCAUUUGCUGUGACCUGGUCCGAACUGCUCAUCAGCCUCCAAACUGCUGUCAUCCUCUUCCCAAUCAAUCUUGUCAUUGGGCAGCUCUUCCCGUUGAUUCAACCGCAGGAACCUCUGCCUCCCUUUCCUCCCAUCCAGGCCUCCUGCCUCUCAGAUGCUUCUUUGGAGCCUCUUUCGCUUGCAAAGGUAGUUGAGGAAUUAAAGGAAACUGUGGGAUUCCUGCUCAGGAGAAACACCUACCUACUCUCAGAGUGUGAACCAUCUUUGUGGUGUUCUUACAACAUUAACAAGCUGGUGAAACUUUUAUCCAGCCUCAUUUAUUCUCACUUAGUGGCUCAAGGCUGUCAUCAGCAGGCAGGAUCCUAUUGGGCAAAUGCGGUCCCUGAAAAUGACCGUCAUUUCCGCUAUUACUUGCUCCGAGUUCUUCAGAGGCUGCAAUGUCACUUAAGCACACUGGGUCCCACCCAGCUUGACCAGCCUUGUGACCUCCUGGAUGUAGCCAGCCAGCUGCAGAAACUCCAGGAACUCUUGGAAACACAUCUCCUUCCCGCAGAGCAAGGGUCAUCCAGGGAGACAACCAGUUUCCCCAUCCUGAGCCCAGCGGAAGGGAAGAAGUCCAUCUCCACUGGCCUGCCCCGAUGGUUGACUUCUAUCUGCUGGCUCUUUCUGGGUGUCACGAGCCUGGCCACAGCCUUUUUUACUGCACUUUAUAGCCUGGAACUGAACAAAGACCAAGCCACCAGCUGGGUUAUUUCGAUGAUAUUAUCAGUGCUUCAGAACAUCUUCAUCAGCCAGCCAGUAAAGGUGGUCUUCCUCACGUUGUUAUCCUCACUGAUGCUGAACAGGAUGCCGUGGCUUCACAAAGAGAAGGAACAACAGACAAAGAGGAUCUUGGCACUUUGGGCAAAAUGUUCUUCAUCGUUACCUGGCUCAAGAGAUAAGAACAACCCCAUCUAUGUAGCCCCAGCUAUGAACAGUCCAGUUAAGCGCCUGGAAAGACCCUUGAAAGACAAGCAACUCUUCAAGCUGACAGGAGAUAUUGUGGUACAAAUCCUCUUCCUUAUCCUGUUGGUGACUGUGGCCUACUCUGCACAGAACUCCAGUAGAUUUUACCUCCAUCAAGCUAUCCAGAAGAGCUUUUCUCACGGUUUCUCAGAGAUCAAACUUCUUGAGCAUUUCUACCCCUGGGCCAAUCGCACCCUCCUCCCCAACCUGUACGGAGACUACAGUGGAUUUAUUACUGAUGGGAACUCCUUUCUUUUGGGCAACGUUCUGCUUCGUCAGAUUCGCAUUCCUGGUGCCAUACUCUUUCCACCUGGAGUAUCUCCCCAAGAACAAGUGAGGCCGUCUCACCAAGAUCAGGAGGAUAAAGAGAACUAUGGGGUUAACUGGGGCCCCCCUGAAACAAACAUCACAAAAUCAGACAGCAUGUGGCAUUAUCAGAAUCAGGAGACACUGGGUGGCUAUCCCAUCCAAGGGGAAUUUGCCACUUACUCAGGAGGAGGAUAUGUUGUGAGACUUGGAAGAAACUCCAGUACUGCAAACAGAGUCCUCCAGCAUCUUGAACAGAGCCGCUGGCUAGACCGUUGCACCAGAAGCCUCUUUGUGGAAUUUGUGGUCUUCAAUGCUAAUGUGAACCUGUUCUGUGUAGUGACCCUGAUUUUGGAAUCCAACAAUAUGGGUGCUUUCUUCACCUCUGUAAGACUGGACACUUUACGUUCCCUCCAGACAUCAAAGAAGGACUUUGCCUGGUCUGUUGUCUCGCAAGUCAUCUACUAUCUACUUGUCUGUUACUACGCCUUCAUGCAGGGUCGCCGGCUGAAACAGCACAGGUGGAGGUUCUUCACUAGGAAGAGAAACAUUCUGGACAUGAGCAUAAUCCUCAUUAGUUUUGUCGUCUUGGGGCUUGACAUGAAGCUUAUUGCUCUACAUAAGAAAAACAUGGCACAGUACCGCUAUGACCGGGACAGGUUCAUCAGCUUCAAUAAGGCAGUAAAAUUGAACUCCACUGUCAUUCACCUCAUGGGCUUCCUGGUGCUGUUGGCAACUGUUCAGCUAUGGAACCUGCUGCAUCAUAACCCGAGACUGCAGGUCAUCGGCAGAACACUCAGCAAAGCCUGGGACGAAGUGGUGGGCUUCUUGCUGGUCAUCCUGAUCCUGCUGACAGGCUAUGCCAUUGCUUUUAACCUGCUGUUCGGAUGGAGCAUCUCUGACUACCGAACUUUUUUCAGCUCAGCAGUGACUACUGUUGGUCUCCUCAUGGGGAUCUCUCAUCACAAGGAGGUUAUUGCUUUGGACCCAGUCCUGGGCUUCUUUCUGAUCCUCACCAGUGUCAUCUUGAUGGUACUUGUGAUCAUUAACCUUUUUGUCUCUGCCAUUCUAAUGGCCUUUGGUAAAGAAAGAAGGUCCCUUAAGGUAGGUAAUUCUAUGGCUCAGUAAUUGAAAUAUAAACUGUAUCAUUUUAUAUCACUGGAAAAGCUCAGCUGUAGCUGCUCUUAAGAUGACAGACUGACAUAAUGCACAGUAUCAGCAUAUUCCCUUUAUUAGUCUCCAUAGCUCUGCCAACCAUUUUCCUAGGAAACCCAAUUUACCAAGAUUACAUUAUGUUCUAUAUCCACUGUCCUGUAAAUAGCUGGCCCUCAACUGUUAAGCAGCAGAAACACUCUGAUGUCUGACAGUAAAUCAUUAAACAGUAAUCUUUACUAAUUAUCUUUAUUAUUUUUUUUGUAUCUUUGGUACUUUUUUCCUACAACAUUAGCAACAAUUCCAAUUUCCUCACUUUAUUCCUUCUCCUUUUGUCUUUGAAUAGACUCUGAAAGAAGCUACACUGAUAGAUAUGCUGCUACAGAAGCUCUCAAGUUUGUUAGGAAUCCAGCGAAAACAGAACAUGAGCAAACAGCCAUGACAACAAUAGGCAUUGACACUGAAGUUUUAAAAGAUGAACUAUCUUAAUCCUGUUACCUCCUAGCUUGGCUUAUUAGUUGUUAGCAUAUUAAUACUUACCUCAGCAUGACACAGUUUAAGAAACCGUAGAUGUUUAUAAUUUACUGUUGUUAGUGCCAUCAAGUUGAUUCCGACUCCUAGCGACCCUGUGUACAGCAGAGCAGAACCCUGCCUGGUCUUUUGCACCAUCCUCUCAUCUUCCUGCGCUGUAUCAGACAAUGUUCCA